UAUACUCACUCUCUCAGCUCGUUCGAGCUCGCGCAGCAGCUAACGGUGCAUGAGUGAAAAAAGAAAAUACUCUUACAACGACAUUUAAAUCGGAAUCGAUAACUGCUUGAGGUAAUGUAACGACAUUCGAUUGGAGCUGAGCAACAACAAAACGCAAACGCUUCCGCUUGCUUUAACUUAACGUAGCGCUAACUUUGUAGAAAAGCUCUCACAAUGCAGCCACCGCCGCGCAAGGGUAACUAUGUGAAAUUCCUCAAGAAUUUGCACACGGAGCAGGUCGCCAAGCUGCAGUUAAAGAAUCAACAUGAGUGCGAUCUGCUGGAGGACAUACGCCAGUUUACCAUCAAGCGCUCGGCCAUCGAGAAGUCCUACAGCGAGGGGCUGCUCAAGAUCUCAUCCCAAUAUCUCAACAAGAAAAUACCCAAUAUUCCAGAUAUUAAAAUGGAUGGCAUGGAGGAGCGCUGGAACAUGUGGAGCGUCUGGCGCACUGUGCUGGAGGAGAACGAGAAAUUGGCGCGUGCUCGCCUGGCUGCCAUUGAGGUGUUCCAGCAGCAGAUUGCAGAUGAGGCCAAAGUGCUGCGCGAUUAUAAGCUAGCUAUAGCUAAGCGCUCACUGUCGGGCAUUGUGAAUGUGCAGAAGGAGCUGCAUUUGAGUGUAGGCGACGUGGACAAGACCAAGAAGUCGUACUUUGAUGAGGAGCAUUGCGCUCACGAUGUGCGCGACAAGGCCAAAGAUAUCGAGGAGAAGCUCAAGAAGAAGAAGGGCUCAUUCUUCCAGUCCAUCACAUCACUGCAGAAGAACAGCGCAAGAGUUACCUCGCGCAAAGAGCUGCUUGAGGAGAAGUCCUCGGGAGCACGCAAUGAUUAUAUACUCAGUCUGGCAGCGGCCAACGCACAUCAGAACCGUUACUUCACCGUCGAUCUCCAAACAACCAUGACCACCAUGGAGAACUAUGUAUUUGAGCGUGUCGCCGAGUACUUGAUGCUUAUGGGGCGCACGGAGUUGCUUACUUGUUCGGCUACCCAGAACAGCUUUGGCAAGAUACGUGACCAGGCUCAGCAGCUGACCAGGGAGUACAAUCUGCAAUGCUGCUAUUUGUUCUAUCCAGUUCUCAAGCAGCACAUUCAGUACGACUUUGAGUCUUGCGAUAAUGAUCCGGUGCGUAAGGUGACCUCAGAGCACGAGUCGUCUACAGAGACGCUGACCAAGGAGGCUAAGAACUUGGCUGGUCGUGUGGUCAAGGAGAAUGCCUCCAUUCGCGAGCAUGCCAAAAAGCUGGCGUUGUGCCAAUCGCUGCGUGAUGCAGGUCAGCGCUCAGAUCCGAACGAUCCUAAUGGACCGGAUCUAGAUACCAAAAUUGAUGAAUUCCGCGAUCAGAUACGUCGCUCCGAGACAGAAAAGGCCAAGGCAGAGGCUUGCUUGCAGUGUCUACGCGAUGGCGGCAUAAAUGUUGAUGAGUGGGUUCAGGAAGCGGAGAUAAUGGGCGUGCAGGAGCUCACUCGCUCAGCUAGCUCCAUAUCUAUGCGCACCGAUGCCUCUGGCCAGGGUGAAAACCCCAGCUCAGAUUCGUUCUACGACAGUGACAAGGAAGAAGCGGCUGGUGGUGCUCCUGCCAAGCCAAAACAGGAGCAGCAACUGUCGCGGGAUCGUACUUUUAGCGACAGCGACGAGGAGCCCGAGGACGGACGUGCAGCGCCUGUAGCUGCCGCUGCUGCCGUGCCCAUGAUGGCAGCCAGCAGCGCUGGGGGUUGGGAUGAUCCAACUGAGGUUAAUUGGGGCGCAGAGGAAGAGGAGGAUAAGGACGAGCCUAUUGUGCCCGAACCCAAGGAGGCAAUCUUCAAAUGCACCGCUCUUUACAGCUAUACGGCACAAAAUCCCGAUGAGCUGACCAUUGUGGAAAACGAGCAGCUCGAGGUAGUCGGCGAGGGUGACGGCGACGGUUGGCUGCGCGCGCGUAAUUAUCGCGGCGAGGAGGGCUAUGUACCGCACAAUUACUUGGAUAUUGAGCAGGAUGCGGCCGGUGUGGCCUUCAAUGGUAGUUCAGGCAAUCAAUUGCGCUCACAAAUCUCAUUCUCAUCUGUCGAUUAUACUGUUGACAAUGAAGAUCAAACGGUGGACUCCAUGCAAUCGCCCGACCAGGUAUCGGUCAUAAUGGCUCCACAAAAGCGCGCCAAGUCUGACGUCGAAUGGUGGUUGCGCUCUUACGAUUACGAUGCCACCGCCGAGGACGAGCUGACCUUCGAGGAGGGCAACAUUAUCAAGAUCAUAACUAAGACCGCGCAUGGCGUGGACGAUGGCUGGUGGGAGGGUGAAUUAGACGGCAAAUUUGGCAACUUCCCCUCGCUGGUGGUCGAGGAAUGUGACGAAAUGGGUGAGCCGCUUACUGAAGGCGGCGACGAGUCACCCCCGCCCAUGGCAAUGCCCAACUUCUCUCUGCCGCCUGCUCCCGCCUUGCCGCCAGAGUACGCGCAUGAGCUGACAGACAUUACGGAGGAUAUGUUCGGCUCACAGGACACUGCUGACGAGGACAGCGGUUAUAUACCCAAUGGCGCUGCGGCACCCAGCAUGCCUCCGCCAGGCCCCAGUCAAGCUACUGCCAAAAAGGUACUCAUUGAAGAGCCUGGCAUGGAGGACGAUUUAAGCGAUGACGAUGGCAAGCCGCCACCAUCGUUGCCACCGCCUCAACUAGCUAAGGCUGGUGGAGGCGUGGCAGCUGCUGCUGGGCCAGCCCAUGCGAAUACAUUGAACUUAGGUAUGGCACAAAUAAUUGUUACCGCUGCAACCCCUAUGGUUGAAGACGGUGCCGAUAAAUCUUUCCCACCAGUAGGAGAGACCGAGCAGUCAGCACAGCCAGCAGCUGAGCAGUCAAAGGAGCCAGCAGUGUCGGAUAAAAAGCCAGAUAUAGCGCCCAAGCCAAUGACUAAAGUCACGCCACAGACACAGACACAGAAGCAAGCAACGUCCCAGGCAGCGACAGCUGUCAAAGAAGAGGAUCAGCAGUCGUUCUCGGAGGGCACAGACUCGGCCUCUGCUGCUGAUAUACCCGCACUGCCGGAGGCUGAAGAUCCCUUCAAUGAGAAGUCCAGUGGAAGCGCAAGCGCUGAAGGCGGCGCUGGUGGUUUUGAAGCUAACUUUGAGGCUAACUUUGAUGCCAACUUUGAUGAUGCCUUUGCAAGCGGUGGAGGUGGCGGCGGCGGCGGUGGAGAACAGUCUACAGAUUUGGAUAUAAACGCCGAGGAGGUCAUCGAAGCACCUAAGCAGGUGGUUGGUGGCCGCGCCAGCAUACCCGAGGAAUUGGACUCAAAUCAAUUGGCACACGAGCAUGAGCAUGAUACAUACAAUAUAGACUAUACCCACGGACAGUUAUAGAGCGCUCACAGCUGGACCACCACAAUCCACAGACCUGUAAACCACACAAUGCAUUUAUAAAUGGCACACGCUCCCACACACUCUGACCGACAAAAAAAACUUAGAAUUGUAACCAUACUAUAGCUAUAUAUUUAUUAAUACAACGACAAACCAAACGCAAUACAACUCAGUAAUAUAGCAAGCAAUUGUAUUUGUAGUAAAUUCCUAUUUAAAUGCAUCAUUCAUUUCGGACAGCGCUCAAACUGUGUACAUCCAUUUCGCAAGCGAACCGUAGACUGCUCCUGGGGUUAACUUUUUACAUACAACAGAACAUAUAUAUACAAAUUCAUUUACAUUGAAACAUCAACUGGGCCUUCAUACUAAACCACCAUAUACCUACAUAUACAUAUAUAAUUACUUAAA